AUGCUUCAUCGAUUUGCGGAUAUGAGGGAAGGGAAUAUGUUGCAUCGAUUCUUUGCGGUGAAACAAGAUGGUACAGUGGCGGAAUAUAGGGCACAAUUUGAGUUCCCGACGGCUAUGGUUGGGAAGUUGAAGGAAGGAACUCGCCCUGCGAUGUUCGUGAACGCAUUACAAGAAAACAUAAGAGUCGAGUCGAUGGUGAUUAACCCCUCCGGGUUGAAAGAGAUGAUGGAGGUAGCCAUAAAGAUCGAGGCUAAAAACCGGAUUCUAAGCCCAAACAAUAAAACCCACAAAGAGCUCCCUUCAAACCAAACAAAGCCGGAUCGGAAGACAAUUACAUGGACCCCCUCUAAACCUAGCCCAGGGCGAACCGUAUUGCUAAAGGGGGACCCAAGCCUCAAAAGGCCUUGGUUUCUCCGAAAACAAUGGUACGGACAAUCCAAGUAA